AAAGAUGGCGCUCCCGCCGCCGCCGGGCGCCCGCCCAUCCGGUGUUUCCCCUCCGGCGUCCGGCUGGAAACGCGCGGCGUUCGGCGGUGGCGGGCGGCGCUCGGCUCCCGGCCUCGCUCCGUGCCCUUGGCCGCGGCCAUGGCGGCCUGGCCCGCCGUUCCCCUCCUCAUCAACCUCGGCGGGUCGCUGCUGGGCUUCGCGGCCACGGUCACGCUGAUCCCGGCCUUCAAGGACCACUUCCUCGCCGCGCGGCUCUUCGGGGAAGACCUCAACAAGGCCUCACGGCGGCCCGUCCCCGAGGCACAGGGCGUGAUCAGCGGGGCUGUCUUCCUCAUCAUCCUCUUCUGCUUCAUCCCCGUGCCCUUCCUGAGGUGCUUCGUGGAGGAGCAGUGCGCAGCCUUCCCCCACGACGAGUUUGUGGAGCUCAUCGGUGCACUCCUCGCCAUCUGCUGCAUGAUCUUCCUGGGCUUUGCGGAUGACGUUCUGAACCUGCGCUGGCGCCACAAGCUCCUUCUUCCUACCAUGGCUUCCCUCCCGCUGCUCAUGGUUUACUUCACCAACUUUGGGAACACGACCAUCGUGGUGCCUAAGCCCUUCCGGGUGCUGCUGGGCAUGCACCUGGACCUGGGUAUCCUCUACUACGUGUACAUGGGCAUGCUAGCAGUGUUCUGCACCAACGCCAUCAACAUUCUCGCUGGAAUUAAUGGAAUCGAGGCAGGGCAGUCUCUGGUGAUAGCUGCUUCCAUUAUAGUGUUCAACAUCGCAGAGUUAAACGGAGAUUAUCAAGACGAUCACAUUUUUUCUCUCUACUUCAUGAUUCCCUUUUUUUUCACCACACUGGGGCUGUUUUACCACAACUGGUACCCAUCUCGAGCGUUCGUUGGGGACACCUUCUGCUACUUUGCUGGCAUGACUUUCGCCGUGGUGGGGAUCUUGGGGCACUUCAGCAAAACAAUGCUGCUUUUUUUCAUCCCCCAAGUGCUCAACUUCCUCUACUCAUUGCCUCAACUCUUCCAUGUCAUUCCUUGUCCCCGUCACCGGCUGCCGAGGCUCAAUCCCAGCACGGGGAAGUUGGAGAUGAGCUACUCCAAAUUCAAAACUAAGAGCCUCUCUGCCCUGGGAACAAAUAUCCUGAAGGCCGUCAAAAUCUUACACAUCGUAGAUGUGAGGAGUGGAACAGAUGAAGAUGGCGAAUACACCGAGUGCAAUAACAUGACACUUAUUAACUUUGUUAUAAAGCUGGUCGGACCUACCCAUGAGCGAAAUCUUACUCUCCUGUUGCUACUCAUUCAGGUCCUGGGCAGCGUGAUGGCAUUUUCUAUCCGGUACCAACUAGUGCGCUUGUUUUAUGACGUCUGACCGCGCCACUGGGGAGCGGGGAAAGAGUUGCACCUGCCGGCCAGUUUUCCCCAGUUGCUGACCAAGUGAUUCAACCGGUCCUACUCAGGCUCCUCUGAAAAAAACCUCGGGCCACCUGUCGGAGCGCAAAGAGUUGUUACUCUGCACGGGCCACCGUGAACUGUAAUCGUUUUUGUGUGUGUGCGCACAGAAGGCUUUUGUCUGAUUCUACUGACAGAAAAGAUUCACUGCUUCUUGGACAUCACCAUUACUGGGAAUGCCUUUCGGAGGGGCAGUAAACGACCCAAAUGUUUACCCACAGCUCUUAGGGAAAGUGGGAGAGAUUAAAUCCCUGUCCUAACAAGCGUGUUGCUGUACCCUGAGAGAGAAAACAGGACCUUCAGUUUCUCUGAGACUCUGACAGCAGAACAAGUAAACCAGAAUCCUCUCCUGGUUUCUCCAAUCCUGCCUUUGGUCCAUGGACAUAGAGUAACGUGUUAUAAACCAUACCCAAAACUCAGAGCACUCUGAGAAUAAAAUAAGUCAUGGUACCCAU